CCAUCUAUGCCAUGGCCAUGGUCAUGGCAUACCCAUCAUCCAAGUUUUGCAGUAUUCCAAUAUAAUAUCGCUGAUGACAAAAGAAAUAUAAGGUUUGACAUGGAUAUGGCGUUGCAUUUGGGGCUCUCAUUAAAGAUCAAAACUGAACUAAUUUGUUUCCCAAAAUAGCUAGACAUUCUACUAAUACAAUAACCUCCUUUGCAUCUAGUCCACAUUUUUUCUUUUCUUUGCCACACCCAUUGAGUUGGGAACUCAACAUAUGUUAAAAUUCUAGCAUCUUGAAAAAGAUUAUUAGUAUUCAUUCAUUAUGUAAAAAUAGUACAUUCAAAAUAUGAUUUCUAAAUGGUCUUUAACUUCCCACUAAAAAUGGCAAGAACAAUAGUGACCAUAUUUGUUUUCUUACAUCCAUUCUUUCUGUCAAGGGUUAGAAAAGAAAACGAAAAAGAAGAAGCAAUAUCCAACUAUAGAAAGCAAAAAGAGUCUUCAGCCAAAAUAACUAACUUAAUACUAUCAGUCAAAAAAGAUUAGAGGUUUAAAGGAAAAAUAAACUAAAUUAAGCAAUGGCCGUUGAGGCAAUUUCACUAAAAAUAUCUAAGUCCUUCCUAACAAUGUGUUUUAGUUUAAAAUGAAGAGGGGGAAACGACACAGCAACAUUCAUUUAAAAUAAGUAAAUAGCUGUUUGACGUAAACUACUAAAAAAUGAUCAUCUUUAAUAAGCUAAUAUCUAAGGAGAAAUGCAGGAAAGAUAAUAAAGAAAGAAAGUAAGUAAAAAAGAAAGAUGGAUUCAGGGCUAUCCUGGGCUGACCAAUGGGACUAUGACACCCCUGACCCUCCUCCGCAGCCAGAAUCGGAAAAAGACAAGAACAAAGACAAGAAUGGAAACAAGAACAAGCUUAGGAAGAAAAUACUUAGCUUCCAAUGGAUGAAAGAUUUACGCAAGAAAUCUCAAAAAUAAAAACGUUGUUGCCAGAUUUGCUGUUUUCCUCCUGAAAAGGAUUCAUUGUCAUCAUAGUUAUUUACCUGUAAACUAUUAUUAGCAUCCUGUCGUGUGUUACUUCCCUUCUUGAUUCAAUAAGAAAGUUUUAUCUUCAGUUUUCUUAGAAUA